AUUGUUUGCUUGACAUAUAUGAUACUUGUAGACUUGUAGUCCUCACAGGUCACAGCACACUUCUCUAUAAAUCCAAAACUCAAGGGAGCUUCUUGCCUUGCUCUGAAUUGUAUGUCAGUCAAAAUGGUCUCAGCUUCUUCUCCCACUUCCAAGAACUUGCAGGAAGUUCAGUCAGACCAAAAAUGGGUGGACAAUGGUUCACGAAAUGCCAAAUGGUGGUAUUCAACUUUCCACACUGUGACAGCCAUGAUUGGUGCCGGUGUUCUGAGCUUGCCUUAUGCCAUGGCAUAUCUAGGAUGGGUACCAGGGACCUUGAUGCUGUUGUUGUCUUGGUGCCUGACCUUGAACACAAUGUGGCAAAUGAUCCAACUGCAUGAGUGUGUUCCAGGGACCCGUUUUGAUCGUUAUAUAGAUCUUGGUAGACAUGCUUUUGGCCCAAAACUUGGACCUUGGAUUGUGCUUCCUCAACAAUUAAUUGUCCAAGUUGGGUGUAACAUUGUCUACAUGGUCACUGGAGGGAAGUGUUUGAAGAAGUUCAUGGAGAUUGCAUGCACCAAUUGCACACAGCUCAAGCAGUCUUACUGGAUUCUGAUCUUUGGUGCCAUCCAUUUCUUUCUGUCUCAGCUUCCCAAUUUCAAUUCUGUUGCUGGUGUUUCAUUAGCAGCAGCUGUGAUGUCAUUAAGCUAUUCAACUAUAGCAUGGGUGGCUUGCUUGGGAAAAGGCCGGGUUGACAAUGUUAGCUAUGCACAUAAGGCAACAAGUGAAACUGAUUUGAUAUUCAGAGUGUUCAAUGCACUUGGUCAAAUUUCAUUUGCAUUUGCUGGCCAUGCAGUGGCCCUUGAAAUUCAGGCUACAAUUCCAUCUACCCCUGAAAAACCUUCCAGAAUACCAAUGUGGAAAGGUGCUCUUGGUGCCUAUUUCAUCAAUGCUAUAUGCUACUUCCCAGUUGCAAUUAUAGGAUACUGGGCCUUUGGAAGAGAUGUGGAUGAUAAUGUGCUCAUGGCACUUGAAAGACCUGCAUGGCUUAUUGCCUCAGCUAACUUGAUGGUGUUCAUUCACGUCGUUGGUAGCUACCAGGUUUAUGCUAUGCCUGUUUUUGACUUGAUUGAGAGGAUGAUGAUCAAAAAAUUUAACUUCCGUUCGGGACUAGGACUCAGACUUGUUGCUAGAUCUUCCUUUGUAGCUUUUACACUAAUAGUUGGGGUUACAUUCCCUUUCUUCGGCGAUCUUCUUGGUUUCUUUGGUGGAUUUGGUUUUGCUCCCACUUCAUAUUUUCUUCCUAGUAUAAUGUGGUUGAUAAUCAAGAAGCCAAAGAGGUUCAGCAUCAACUGGUUCAUUAAUUGGGCUGCAAUAUAUGUAGGAGUGUGCAUUAUGUUGGCUUCCACGAUUGGUGGCUUCAGGAAUAUCAUUGCUGAUUCCUCAACUUAUAGUUUCUACACCUAAACUGUAUUAUGUUAUGCUAAUGUAUGGCACCUGCAGUUAAUCAAGUUAAUUAGGAUGGACUCUCUGAUAAUCUAGUGUCCGUAUUUGCUUUAGCAGCAAACCUUUUACUAGUCUUGCCACUGUCGAAGUUUUAUUUUGUCCAAUGGAGAAGUUAAUGUAUUGAUAGAAUUAGUUGUUUCAUAAUUAUCUAAUAACAUGUUUGGAUCGGUUUUCUUUUCGUCCGAA